AUGUUGAUUUCUUCAUCAAACACUGAAGCAAAGUGGUGUCGGCACUGCAAUGCUGAGAUGGUGAAGCUAAUUUCCAACUCCGAAAGGAAUCUAGGCAGACCGUAUUGGAAGUGCUUCACAACAUAUGUCAAUAUAAUCUUCCCAAACCUCGGAGCUACAAGGUUUAGUGGCUAUGAAUGGGUGAUAGCAGCCAACACCCCAACUGAAUUUGACAUUCAAAACCAGGUGGAUGUGAAGCUACCAAUAUCCCUGCAACAACUGUACAGCGAGCUUCAACCGAUAGAAGGGCAUGGCGUCAUGGUAAAUCUUGGCCAGGUCUACAUUCGAGGUCAGAAAUUCGCAGUAUUUGAGGAUGUACAUCCCACAGUCGCCCCUGAAACAUAG